GCGCUCAGCCCUGCCUUGGGCUCGGGCAGGCGGGGCGGGCGCGGCCGGAGGACGGAGGCGCCGGCCCAUGGCCCCCGGGCAGCAGUGAGCAGCCCCAGCCCAGCCCGGAGCAGGAGCCGCGCGGUGCAGCCAUGUCCGAGCCGGAGAGCGGCCCCGCAGAUGCAGUUUCCACAUCUGCUUAUUCAUCCCCAGCUAAAAGUUUGGGAGACCCAGGAAUAACGCCACUAUCCCCAUCACAUAUUGUGAAGGACCCUGAUGCGAAUGAGGUUGAGGAGCAAUCAUUUCUUGUUGUUGUGGCUAUUGAUUUUGGCACGACAUCCAGUGGCUACGCCUACAGCUUCACCAAGGAGCCAGAAUGCAUUCAUGUAAUGAGGCGAUGGGAAGGUGGAGACCCAGGUGUAUCCAAUCAGAAGACUCCAACUACUAUCCUCUUAACACCUGAAAGAAAGUUUCAUAGCUUUGGUUAUGCAGCACGAGAUUUCUACCAUGACUUGGAUCCCAAUGAAUCAAAGCAUUGGUUGUACUUUGAAAAGUUUAAGAUGAAGCUACAUACCACUGGUAAUCUCACCAUGGAAACAGACCUGACAGCUGCAAAUGGCAAAAAAGUCAAGGCACUUGAAAUAUUUGCUUACGCCCUGCAGUUCUUUAAGGAACAGGCAUUGAAGGAGCUCAGUGAUCAAGCAGGCUCAGAGUUUGAAAACUCUGAAGUAAGAUGGGUCAUUACUGUGCCUGCUAUAUGGAAGCAGCCUGCAAAGCAGUUUAUGAGACAAGCUGCAUACAAGGCAGGAAUGGCGAGUCCGGACAACCCUGAGCAGCUGAUAAUUGCCCUGGAACCUGAGGCUGCCUCCAUCUACUGCAGAAAGCUCCGCCUGCACCAGAUGAUAGACCUGAGCAGCAGAGCCCCUGUCAAUGGUUACAACCCAAGUGACACUGUUGGAGCUGGAUUUACACAGGCUAAGGAACACAUACGUCGUAAUCGGCAGAGCCGCACCUUUUUGGUGGAAAAUGUCAUAGGAGAGAUCUGGUCCGAAUUGGAGGAAGGUGACCGUUACAUAGUGGUUGACAGUGGAGGAGGCACAGUGGAUCUGACUGUCCAUCAGAUCAGGCUACCUGAAGGACACUUGAAGGAACUGUACAAGGCAACUGGUGGGCCACAUGGUUCUUUAGGCGUGGACUACGAGUUUGAAAAACUCCUUUGUAAAAUAUUUGGAGAGGAUUUUAUUGAACAAUUUAAGAUCAAGCGCCCUGCUGCCUGGGUAGAUCUGAUGAUAGCCUUUGAGUCUCGUAAAAGGGCAGCAGCCCCAGACAGGACCAAUCCAUUGAAUAUCACAUUGCCAUUUUCCUUCAUUGACUAUUAUAAGAAAUUUCGAGGUCACAGUGUAGAACAUGCCUUAAGGAAAAGCAACGUGGAUUUUGUGAAAUGGUCUUCUCAAGGAAUGCUAAGGAUGAGUCCAGAUGCCAUGAAUGCCCUUUUCAAACCUACAAUUGACCAGAUUGUUCAACAUCUUAGCAAUGUGUUUGAAAAGCCAGAAGUGACCAGUGUCAAGUUUCUGUUCCUGGUGGGGGGAUUUGCGGAGUCCCCCUUACUUCAACAAGCUGUCCAAACUGCUUUCGGUUCAAAGUGCCGCGUCAUCAUUCCUCAGGAUGUAGGGCUCACUAUCCUCAAGGGAGCGGUCCUCUUUGGCCUAGACCCUGCCGUCAUCAAAGUGCGCCGUUCCCCUCUGACUUAUGGAGUUGGCGUUCUGAACCGGUUUGUGGAAGGAAAGCACCCUCCAGAGAAGCUGCUGGUUAAAGACGGCACACGCUGGUGCACUGACGUCUUUGACAAAUUUAUCUCCGCUGACCAAUCUGUCGCUCUUGGAGAAACUGUGACACGCAGUUACACGCCUGCCAAACCUUCCCAGUUGGUAAUAGUGAUCAAUAUCUACAGCUCCGAACAAGAUAACGUUAGUUUCAUCAGUGAAUCUGGAGUCAAAAAGUGCGGCACUCUUCGUCUGGAUCUCACAGGAACUGAUAUCUCUGUGCCAAAUCGGAGGGAGAUCAAAACGCUAAUGCAGUUUGGGGACACUGAGAUCAAAGCCAUGGCCAUUGAUGUUGCCACCUCUAAAAGUGUCAAAGUUGGUAUUGAUUUCUUAAAUUACUAACCAUCCUUUCAUACCCCGCAGCCAAUCUGUGACACUAUUAUUUCAGUAUUCCAUUUUUUGACUUUCAUAUGUAACACUUGAAUUUCAGCAGGCUGAGAACAGCCAAGAGGUGGGGAUAGAUCAGCGGGUUUUUUUUGUUUUGGGGGGCAGUUUGCCCUUGAAUGAGCUAAAAUGGAUUUUGAAAGGCUCCCAAGUGAUUUACAAGCACAUAUCCUAUUGGAUGUAAAUGUUCCUAAAUCACUAGAGAUUAAAAUGCUGUCCUAAUUAAACAGUAUGAGCUGUCAGGUGCUAAAGGAUUAAACUGAAUAUUCCAAACUGAUUACCAGGGUUGUUUUGGAGAUUAAUUAUUUGAAGAGUGCAGUCUUAACAAUAAAACAAAUUCCUAGCUCGCAGCUUUCUUUUAGCAAGUAUUUUCAGCCUGUAGGCCGAAGGUAAGUUUCCUGAAUCCAUAGUUAAGCAUAUGAAGAAAAGUGGGCAACUUUUAAAGGUACUGACUACCUGCAGUUCCCACUGACUUCAUUGCAAAUGAUGGCAAAUGCUUGGCAGUUCUGAGAACUAGGUCUUUUUAUUUUGGGUUCCCACUAUAAAAUGGAUUUAGGGGGGUCUAACAUUAUGUAGUCAAGUUUGAAAAUGUUGGCCUUUCAGAAGGCCAACUACUGCUAUAGUUUGUCCAAGCUCCGAAUUUCAUAUUUCUCUGAUAACAAUGGAACUUGCCAUUUCAGGGUCUUUCUAUUUAUGUUUAUUAGAGCAAUCUGAAGGCUGACUGCAUUUCCUUUUAUAUUUAAUGUCCUAUUGAUUUUUUUUUUUUUUUUUUGGAAACGUGCUCAGUUGUGGACU